GACCAGCUGAUCACUGAGAGAGAGAGACCAAGAUCACGACCAUCAGCUCGAUCACUGCUUCUAAUCCUGCACGGAAAACAACGGGUUAUGUGUCUUUUAAUAAAAUAGAUUACAAGCUAACAUAUCAGUGUUCAUAUUAGCAAUUAUUAUUAAACAGAAGACAGCAAUCAUCGACCAAAAAGGACGAGAAGAUGUCUUCAAAAGACAGGAUCGACGUGUUCCCCUCCAGAAUGGCUCAGACCAUCAUGAAGGCUCGGCUCAAAGGGGCGCAGACCGGCCGCAAUCUGCUCAAGAAGAAAUCUGACGCCCUCUCCAUGCGCUUCCGUCAGAUCCUCCGCAAAAUUAUCGAAACUAAGACUAAGAUGGGAGAGGUGAUGAGAGAGGCGGCCUUCUCUCUGGCUGAAGCCAAAUUUACAGCUGGAGACUUCACCACAACUGUAAUCCAGAAUGUCAACAAAGCCCAAGUGAAGGUCCGAGCCAAGAGAGACAACGUGGCAGGUGUCACCCUCCCAGUUUUUGAACACUACCAAGAAGGCGGAGACAGUUAUGAGCUGACUGGUCUGGCCAGAGGAGGAGAGCAGCUCUCCAGGUUGAAGAGGAACUACGCCAGGGCUGUUGAGCUGCUGGUGGAGCUGGCCUCCUUACAGACAUCUUUUGUCACUCUGGAUGAAGCCAUAAAGAUUACCAACCGCCGUGUGAACGCUAUUGAGCACGUGAUUAUUCCCCGCAUCGAUCGCACCCUCACCUACAUCAUCACAGAGCUGGAUGAGAGAGAACGAGAGGAGUUCUACAGGCUGAAGAAGAUCCAAGAGAAGAAGAAGCAGCUCAGGGAAAGGACAGAACUAGAGAUCGCCGCCCGCCUGGCUAAACUGGGUCCCAUCGCAGAGCCCUCCAACAUGCUGAUGGAGACGACGGAUGAAGACCUGCUGUUCGAGUGAAGCGCUCUAAAAGGCAGACACCGACCUCACCCAAACAUCCUAUUUAUUCUGUGCCUCUGCGGCCUCGUCUAUGUCUCCUCAUGCAAGUGAUGAAAGUUGUUUUUUGUGUACUUGUCUGUUGUUCCAGCGCUGGAAGUCACCGCGUGUUUCCGGUUUUCAUCACUGUACAGAACGAAAGCAUCACUUGGCUGUUCACCCACAAGGGAGUCAGUUCACUGUUAAAGAAUAAUUUAAACUAUAAGAAUAUAAAUAUGUUUACACGUGGUUCUGCGAGUGAAAUUAAAGAAGCAUUCCGUGUGACUGAUCGACUUGUAGAUAUUUCAGGUUCCUCACGACAUCAAGAGCCAUUGCAUGCUGGAAAGCUGAAGUGGGUUGUAGAUUUCAAAGUGUGUGUGAGUUGGUGUUGUGGAGGUUGUUGUUUCCUCAUUUGAGGAUGUUUACCAUUACAACAGAAAAACCCUAAAGUGACCCCCGCUGUAAAACCCCCCCACUUCAUCCAAAUAAAGAUGUUGUCUGUAUCCAA